GUCGCCGCCCUCCUCCCUGGCCCGCCCGCCGCUCGCAGCAGCUCGAGGAGGAGAGGAAACAAAGUGCAGCGGGCGGGAGACUCGCGUCCGCGGCGCGCACCCUCUCGGCCCCCGGGCUGCCCCGGCCUCUUCCCGCGCGCUUGGGCGAGCGUGCGUGUGCACUCACAAAAGGGCGCCUGGCCGGCGGCCGCUCUCCCCGCCGCCCUCCCGCUUCGCCGAUCUUUGUGCGGUAGCCGCCGCCGCCGCCGCCGUCCCGGGUUUGUACCUUGCAUCCCGCCGCCCGCCAUGGCCACCGCGACCCCCGUGCAGCCGCGGGCGGGCAGCCGCGCCAGCGCCCCCGCCACGCCGCUCAGCCCCACGCGCCUGUCGCGGCUGCAGGAGAAGGAGGAGCUGCGCGAGCUCAACGACCGCCUGGCCGUCUACAUCGACAAGGUGCGCAGCCUGGAGACGGAGAACAGCGCGCUGCAGCUGCAGGUGACCGAGCGCGAGGAGGUGCGCGGCCGGGAGCUCACCGGCCUCAAGGCGCUCUACGAGACCGAGCUGGCCGACGCGCGCCGCGCCCUCGACGACACGGCCCGGGAGCGCGCCAAGCUCCAGAUCGAGCUGGGCAAGUUCAAGGCCGAGCACGACCAGCUGCUGCUCAAUUACGCUAAGAAGGAAUCCGAUCUUAAUGGAGCCCAGAUGAAGCUUCGAGAGUAUGAGGCGGCACUAAACUCUAAGGAUGCAGCGCUGGCUACUGCCCUUGGUGACAAAAAGAGUUUAGAGGGCGAUUUGGAGGAUCUGAAAGAUCAGAUUGCUCAGCUGGAAGCAUCCUUAUCCGCUGCCAAAAAGCAGUUAGCGGACGAAACUUUACUUAAAGUGGAUUUGGAGAAUCGCUGUCAGAGCCUUACUGAGGACUUGGAGUUUCGUAAAAAUAUGUACGAAGAGGAGAUCAAUGAGACAAGACGGAAGCAUGAGACUCGUCUGGUGGAGGUGGACUCCGGGCGGCAGAUCGAGUAUGAGUACAAGCUGGCGCAGGCUCUGCACGAGAUGAGGGAGCAGCACGACGCUCAAGUGCGGCUGUACAAGGAGGAGCUGGAGCAGACCUACCAUGCCAAGCUUGAGAAUGCCCGACUGUCCUCCGAGAUGAACACUUCCACUGUCAACAGUGCCCGGGAAGAGCUGAUGGAGAGCCGCAUGCGCAUCGAGAGCCUCUCCUCCCAGCUUUCUAACCUGCAGAAAGAGUCUAGAGCCUGUUUGGAAAGGAUUCAAGAACUGGAGGACAUGCUGGCUAAAGAGAAGGACAACUCUCGCCGUCUGCUGUCUGACAAAGAGCGAGAGAUGGCGGAGAUAAGGGACCAGAUGCAGCAGCAGCUGAAUGACUACGAACAGCUGCUUGACGUGAAGCUGGCUCUGGACAUGGAGAUCAGCGCCUACAGGAAGCUCUUAGAAGGCGAGGAAGAACGGUUGAAGCUCUCUCCAAGUCCUUCUUCCCGAGUGACUGUGUCCAGAGCAUCAUCCAGUCGCAGUGUUCGCACCACUCGAGGAAAGCGGAAGAGAGUUGAUGUGGAGGAGUCGGAGGCGAGCAGUAGUGUUAGCAUUUCCCACUCUGCCUCAGCCACCGGGAAUGUGUGCAUUGAAGAGAUAGAUGUUGAUGGCAAGUUUAUCCGCUUGAAGAACACUUCUGAACAGGAUCAACCAAUGGGAGGCUGGGAGAUGAUCAGAAAAAUUGGAGACACAUCAGUCAGUUAUAAAUAUACCUCAAGAUACGUGCUGAAGGCAGGCCAGACUGUUACAAUAUGGGCUGCAAAUGCUGGAGUCACAGCCAGUCCUCCAACUGACCUCAUCUGGAAGAACCAGAACUCUUGGGGCACUGGUGAAGAUGUGAAGGUUAUACUGAAAAAUUCUCAGGGAGAGGAGGUUGCUCAGCGAAGUACAGUCUUUAAGACAAGCAUACCCGAAGAGGAGGAGGAGGAGGAAGAGCCCGUUGGAGUGCUUGUUGAGGAGGAGCGUUUCCACCAGCAGGGAGCCCCAAGAGCAUCCAACAGAGGCUGUGCCAUUAUGUGAACUCGUCAAGACAGAGCAUGGUAACCCUGUAUACAGUUCAGAGCCUUCUCAGAAGCACACCAUAUUUUUGUAUUUCCUUUAUGUGAAUUUUUAAAACUGCGAAUCUGAUGGCCUUAAUUUCCUUUUUGACACUGAAAGUUUUGUAAAAGAAAUCCUAUCCAUACAAGUUGUUUCAAGAUGUGAAUUAUUGACACUGAACUAACUGUACUGUUUGGAAAGGGGCCCUCAAGUUUUUGGCUUUUUUUUUUUUUCUUUCUUUUUUUUUUUUUUUUUUUGUAUGUGUCUAUGUAUUUUUUUUUUAAGUUCUUUUAAGGGGGGGCGUGGUAAGUAUACCACUGCGUGUCCGGGCAUACUUGGAAGAUUGCUCUGUCUAUUCGGGCAGUCUGCUCUUCUUCAUUCUCUGCUAUAUAUAAAACGGUGCUGUUCGGGAGGGGGUAAAGCAAGUUUUUCAAUAUAUUGAACUUUUGUAUGGAAUUUUUUUGUAAUAAGUGAUCAAGGUUACAAAUUCUUUUUAAAUAGAAAAGAGAAGAACAUUUUUGUAAGAAGGCAAUAUUAAUCUAGUCAUCAUGUAAGCACUCUGGAUAGAGGUUCCACAGUCUGUAUGUCAGCCACUUCUCUUAAAUUCUUGAUUCGUGAGGGGAUGGGACAAGCGGGGUUAGGGUGGGAGAGGGGAUUCUCUUCAAAUGCUCUAGUUGUGUUUUUUAAGAUAGUGUAACAUGCUUAAAUUUCUUAUGCAACAUUAACGAAUAAAAAGCUGUUUACUAUUA